GCCCCCGGGGCGGGCGGGGAACAAGGCCUGACCUCCGGGACGCUGCGGCUGGCGGGCCCGAGGGACGGGGUGGGUCGGGACCUCCGUGGAGUUUGUGACGGGAGCCUGUCCGCCUCAUGGGAGAGGAAGGCACAGAGGGUGAAGCCCACCGCCCGCAGGGAGACUGGCCUGCCUUCCUCUAAAGAAGCAGGUGCCUCUGUGAUUAAUUCCCAAUGUAGUUUAGGUACAGAUUUGUUGUUGGAAUCGUUGAAGAUGUCAUCAGGCCUUACAGAGGAGCAGAAGAGAAGGAUUGAAGAGAACCGCCAGCUGGCUUUGGCUAGGAGAGCAGAGAGGCUGGCAGCCCAGAGAGCUGGGCACGUGGGCAUCGCUGCAGCUCCGCAGAAAGAACAGAGGCUGGGCAAUCUGGGAAACUCUAAGGAAGAAAACAAUCAUGGGUUCACCAGCCAGCACCAACAGAAUCCAAACACGCCUGUGGAGCAGAAGAGCUGUCUCCAGAAAGGCUAUAACCAUUACACAGCAAAGCAACAGAUGGCUGGCUCACACAGAGACCAGCAAAAGAGUUGUUUAGAGGACUCAGAACAAGCAAGUGGCCUUAAGCAGUUCCCUGCAACGAUCCCGAAUUCUCAGAGUUAUUCCCAUAAACAUUACUUGGAUGCUGGUAGUCAGGAUCAUGGACAGCACACUUUAAUUAAUCAUGGAACAUUCCCACCGUCCAAAUUCUACCCAGCUUUCAAAAACCCCACAGGACCACCUCAUCCAAGAUUCAUUGAUAAUGGGCACCCUGAUGGUAGUAAAGAUUUACAAACUCAGAACAAAUCUGCCAUUAAAUAUGUUUCUACACCAAGCAGCGCCGCCCUGAGCGAUUCAGGAAUGCUGAUAAACAUAAACAGACCAACAGAAAGAACAGGGGGAGGUUUUGUUUCUCAGGCCAGUGGUAGAAUGCAGAAGCUGACCAGCUCUGCUGCUGUGGGCUCUACCUUUGAAGUUGCCUCUCACAAGAAAGCAAAUAAUGUUACGAAAGGAAAAUGUGUGAAAUAUGGGGAAGACCCAGGAAGAUUCCAGGUUGAAAUAGGGUAUAAUGCUGAACUUAUUGCUGUGUUUAAGAAGGUACCAAGCAAAGCCUAUGAUCCUGCUAUGAAAAAAUGGAAUUUCAGCAUGGAAGAUUACAGCAGUCUCUUGGAAGAAGCAAAUCAACUUUCAUCAGUAAUUCUGGCACCACUGGAAGGAGAAAAUGUGGUUGGCAUGGCAUCAGGCUCUCAUUUCGUUGGCAGUGGGGUUGAUGUGAAAUCCCUCUUGAAGAUGUGUAAGAACUGGAAGAAGCCCUCAGCCCUUGUCAAAGGGAAGUGUGUGCUUAUCUCUCGCUUGCGAUUUGAGGUCGAUAUUGGGUAUGCUGCAGAAGUGAUCGGAGUGUUCAAACAGAUGGAUUCCAGAAAUUAUGAUAUGAAUACCAGAAAGUGGAAUUUCCUGCUGGAGGAUUACUCCAAACUAAUGGUAGCGUUACUGAGCCUCGCGUCCGUAGAAGUGGAGCCACUGCCUGAAGCAGUAAUUAAGACCUUUGCUGCUCAACUCCAGAAAUCUCCAUCACAGACAGACAUUCCUGAUGCUGACCUUUCAGUAGUGGACUCCAAAAUUGUGACGAGCCUCAUGCCCUUUCAGCGGGAAGGUGUGAAUUUUGCAAUUUCCAGAAAUGGCCGUUUGCUCCUCGCGGAUGACAUGGGUCUGGGCAAGACCAUCCAGGCCAUCUGCAUUGCUGCCUAUUACCAGCAGGAAUGGCCCUUGCUGGUGGUCACUCCUUCUUCUGUGAGGUUUACAUGGGCAGAGGCAUUUCACAGAUGGCUUCCAUCCUUGAGUCCAGGAAGCACCAAUGUCAUAGUGAGUGGGAAAGACAACCUCACAGGAAGCUUGAUCAACAUCAUCAGUUUUGAUCUCCUCAGCAGGAUGGACAAGCAACUUAAGAGCACAUUCCAAGUAGUUAUUGUUGAUGAAUCUCAUUUCCUGAAGAACACAAAAACUGCACGCUGCCAAGCUGCCAUGCCUCUACUCAAGGCUGCCAAGAGAGUGAUCCUGCUGUCGGGAACGCCGGCCAUGUCGCGGCCAGCGGAGCUCUACACGCAGAUCGCCGCCGUGCAGCCGAGCUUCUUCCCACAGUUCCACUCCUUCGGGCUGCGCUACUGUGAUGCCAGGAAGAUGCCAUGGGGCUGGGACUACUCUGGAUCAUCCAACUUAACUGAGCUGAAAAUUUUGCUGGAAGAGUCCAUCAUGAUCCGACGUCUGAAAUCAGAUGUGCUCUCCCAGCUUCCAGCAAAGCAGCGCAAAAUGGUUGUGGUGGCUCCUGAGGGCAUGAGUGCAAAGACCAAAGCUGCACUGGCAGCUGAAGCAAAGAAGAUGGCCAAAGGAUAUGGAAGUAAACAACAGGAGAAGGAAGCUCUUCUUGUCUUCUUCAGCAGAACAGCAGAAGCUAAAAUCCGCUCAGUCGUAGAAUACAUCCUGGAGUUACUAGAAAGUGGGAAUAAUAAAUUCCUGGUGUUUGCUCAUCACAAGAUAAUGCUGGAUUCUGUAGUUGAAGAGCUGAAAAAGAAACACAUUGAGCACAUUCGCAUCGACGGCUCCACAUCUUCAGCUGAGCGGCAGUCUCUGUGCCAGAAGUUCCAGUUCUCAGAGAAGCAGGCUGUGGCUGUCCUUUCCCUCACUGCUGCAAACAUGGGCCUGACACUGUCUGCUGCAGAUCUGGUGGUGUUUGCAGAGCUCUUCUGGAACCCAGGGAUUUUGAUCCAAGCAGAAGAUCGGGCACACCGAAUUGGACAGACCAGCUCUGUUAAUGUUCACUACCUGGUGGCUAAAGGCACAGCAGAUGACUACUUAUGGCCAAUGAUUCAGGAGAAGAUCAAAGUGCUGGGUGAAGCUGGUCUUUCAGAAACCAAUUUCUCCGAAACAGCUGAGUCAACUAAUUACUGUCCUAAGACAGAUCCAAAGCAGAAGACAAUCUACGACCUUUUCCAGAAGACUUUCUCUGAGAGCAGAGAUGAUGCUGAUGAUAUUUUGUUUUUGGAGGCAGCUGAUGCUGGCUGUGAGUUUGACUCUGGAAGUGCCUUGCAAGACAGAGAAGCAGAGACAUGUUCAGUGAGUCCCAAAAAAAAGCGGCGUAUUGAGGAUGUGUAAAUAGCGACAGCUAAAGAGAUGGCAGCUAAGAGAUAUUUUUUUUAUUAAAAAAAAGAAAAACCAAAAACAAUCAUGUAUUAUUUUUUGAGUUUUUGGAAAUAAAAGACUUGAAGUUUUCUUCAUCUCUGGCAUGUUUCAUCUCAAAGGAUGAGAAGGCAGUGUGACAGAUGUGCAGCAGACAUCUGGCAGCCUGCAGGGUUUGCAGUCCUGAUUUUGGUGAUGACUGAAUGGACAUGGGCAAGUAUCAUUCUGCUGUGUUUCAACAUGUCAGCUUCCACAGUUGUUUUGUUUAAAAGCAGAUAAUGGUUGUCUGUCCCCAAGGCAGAACUCUUGAGAAAACCAAUUCAUCAGCAGCUGCAGAGUGCUUUUAACAAUGUUUUCCAUUUCUAAAGUCUGUAUUUCUAGGAGUUUGCUCACUGGCAAAUUUGGCCAUUACUUGGAUCAGUCACAGACUGGCUCUUGGGUAUUCUGUUUGGCUAUGAGGAGAAGAGAUCCAAAGAGAUGUUGAUGUUUUGUUCAGGUGGGGAAGAGGAGGGAAAAGAGGAAAUUACCACCUUGAGUGCCAGUAGGUGUGCACAUGUCUGCCUCUGCACACUCAUUUCUGGCCUCGUGUUGAAUAUUAGCACCUGCUCCCUGGCAUGUGCUUCUUCUGUCAGUGGAAGGUGAAGCUUGUGCUGAGUGCCAGGGAUUAACCCUGACCCCCUGAGGUGGAGUGUGUGGGUGGGUGUGUUUUCUUCAAGACUUGACUGAUUUCUACAGGUGAAUGAGGAGAAGGGGACACAGGCAAACUUUUGCUCUUGUUCUGUAAGAAACUGAUUCUGGACUGAACUGUUUAAAUAAAAAGUUGUUCUAAGUGCUCUUGUAAUUCCCAAGCUGUUAGUAGUUUCUCUAUUUUAGCAUUCCACCUCUCAGUUAGCUGAGAGGUUAGCUGUAAUCUGUAGAAAAGGCGGCAAACUGAAGGCUCCUGGAGGCUAGCAGCUAAUGUGCUGUGGAGGUGAUGUGCUUGGCUCUGUGCAGAUACCAGACACUGACAAAAAUACUUCUCUUGCAAGGCAGAGGAGAAAAAUGCUUGUGCUGUAAGAUCAGCCUGAUAACAUUAGGUAUUUUUUUCCUGCAUUGAAGGGUUUGAUUGUUCCAUUUUCAGCUGGUGUCGUCAUGGAAAUGCCCCACAGGCUGUAUGUACAAUUGUGCUGGGUGAAGAACUGCUUUUCAUUCAUGACUGCAGAUGGUGCUUUGGGGUGUGAGCAGUAGCAAGGGGUGUUGUGACUGGGCAUCUGGAGGAAAUGCUUUAUCUCUGGGUCUGAGGGUGUUAACCAUCACUGCUCUUACUUCAACAGCUGGCCAGGUGAUGAAGACACACUUUUUGACAUUUUUAAAUGUCUGUCAUCUUGAACACAGAGUAUUUAAUCUGUCUGUAGGAUGAGUGAUCUUUCUACUGGCAAAGUGGGUUGUUCUGAGUAAGGGAUAUGAAAUGUUGCUGUCUGCUGACUAAAAAAAAAAUACAAAAGGUAUUAUUUGUGUACCCAUA